AUGUCGAGCAGUCAAGAGUGCGUUGAAUGUCGCCAAGACAACGUCGAUGCACCGCACCAACAGCCUGCCGAAGCAAAAGCUGAACAGGCUCCGCAGAAUGCCACGAGCGAUGUGGUGGUAGACCCCCUGAAUCCUGCGACUUUCAUUCCUCCAGCACCUCUAACAACUCCCAGCAUCACGAUAGAGUUUUGCGAUAGGUGCCGAUGGCAACAUCGUGCAACAUGGGUGUCGACAGAGCUUAUGCUUACUUUUCCUACACCGACCAUUAGGGGCAUCACCAUGCUCCCUUUGAACUCAGAGGAGACGGGUGGUCGCUUCCGGGUGUGGCUGACGAUCUCAGAAAGGCCACCAAUCUUAAUCUGGGACCGGAAGGUGGAGGGCGGUUUUCCAGAGCUGAGAAUUUUGAAACAACGCAUACGAGACCAUAUACAGCCAGGCAAGUCCCUGGGGCAUUCAGACAAGAAGCAGGAAACGCAGGAAACGCAAGCAUGA